ACCUGGAAACUUAGGAAAUGCAAUUGUUGGUAGGCUACUCGAGUUGAAGUAGAAGUGAUCUAACAACGAGAGAAGUAGAGAGUUUCUGAACCUUCCGAACAAGUAAUACACGUUUAAACAAACCAAUGGAAAACAACGAAACAGACGGAACGGGUGUUCAAUAUUAUCGAUUGUCAGAGGUGGAGGAAAGGAACUCUUUUAAAAGCACAUGGAUUAUCAUUCAUAAUAAAGUGUACGACGUCACGAAGUUUCUCGAGGAGCACCCGGGUGGAGAGGAGGUGCUGCGAGAGCAGGCGGGUGGAGAUGCCACCGAGAGUUUUGAAGAUGUGGGUCACUCCACAGAUGCACGAGAGAUGGCCAGCUCUUUUGUCAUAGGAGAGCUGCAUCCAGAUGACCGGGACAAGAUCCCCAAACCACCAGAAUCACUUGUGACAACCGUAGAAGAAACCACAAGCUGGUGGUCAAACUGGUUGAUACCCGCCGUCGCCGCGGUGAUCGUCACCUUGAUGUACCGUUUAUAUAUGGUAGAGGAGCAAUGAUGGGAUGUUUCUCUAGCUCUGCCUACAACUACAUUACCCAUAAUCCAUUUCAGGGUUUCCCCAUUACCAUAAAGAUUCUACUAAUGAAGGCAACUUUUGUGUUCGUUUCAGUGUCUGUUGUCAUGUAUCCCUUGAGAUUUAAAAACUGAUAUAUGCAGAUGUUUUUAUGAUAUAUGAAAGGAUAUUUUAGAUCUAGCAUUAUACAUAUGCAUACUAAAGAUGAAGUUUUGAUUUGUAUAAUUGUGUAAUACUAUACCAUGUAUUCAUUUGAAUCAUCCACGGUGAAGUGGGGAAUAUCCUGAAUAUCAUCACAUGCAUGGAGACAACAUUUUGUUCCUCAGAGAAAGCAUUUAGUUUCAGUUGAAAUGUUGUUCAUUUUCACGUCAUUGGAAGUUGAUUGUACUCGGACCAGAGAGUUCUCACAAGAAAAACAAAACAAAAAACAA